AUGUGGAGUAAUCUCAGGGGUUUUGAAAGCCACGUAACAUCAAACAGCAAGAACCCUUAUGCAGUGGACGUGAUCCGGACAAAGAGGAGGGAUCUGGUUUAUGGCAUCUCACAUACUGAGGAUCUCCUGGAUCUCCUCGUUGCAGAAGGGAUCAUGACAGCAGCAAAGAGAUCGAUUGUUUUGUCCAUCAGGACACAUAAAGAUCAGAACUCCAGGGUCCUGGACAUCCUGGAGGCCAGAGGUGAACGAGCAUGUCGGAAAUUCUUCCACCCGUGUCUUAUGCUGGCAGAACCUGAACUCUACCAGCGAAUCAAGACCUAUGUGGGGAGUGUGACUACGCAUAUUCAAGAUAACAGGAGACAACUGAUUGGGUAUUUGCUGGAGAGAGACUGGGAGUGGAGGGAUAAAAAAACAGAUCAAAUUUCAAUGCAGACAACUCAAACUAACCUCAAAAAGAGCUCUAACAUUAAAAAGAAUGGAAAAAGAACCACGGUACUUGAAAAAUCAGAGAAUAUGCUGGCACAAAGUGAGUCAGAAAGCCUCAGUUACAUGGCUGCUAGAAAAGGGGAUCUCUUAUUACUGGAAGAGCUGUUAAAAGACAGUGAUAUCAACACUGCCAAUUCCUCCAAUGAGACUCUAUUACAUGUAGCUGCAGAAAAUGGGCAUUUAUCCAUCGCUGAGUUCUUGAUUCGUAAAGGAGCCAGACUGGACCAGCAGAAUGAUACAGGCCACACAGCUCUUCACAGAGCAGCCAGGAGGGGGCGCACUGAGAUCAUGACAGCCUUAAUGAAGGCUGGGGCUCCUAUACAUAUUCUGGAUUUGAAAGGCAAAAGUCCCAUCCACCUGGCAGCAGAAAAUGAACACCUGAAUUCUGUAAAACUCUUGGUGGAGGAGGAGGCCAAGCAGUCUGAGAGUCACAGACAGACCAUGUUUCUGCACAUGGCUGCCAUGGAGGAUAACUGGAGGCUGGCUGAGUUGCUGCUGCAGAGCGGAGCCGCUGUUAAUGCCUUAAACAGCCAUAAAAAAACAGCUCUGUUUUAUGCAGUCAAGAAUAACAAUGAGAAAACAAUAAUUGUUCUUCUUAAAGCAGGAGCUAAAGUUGACUAUGAUAUCAUAAAUGAAGCCAUUAAUCUCUAUCAAGAAUCAGUUCUCCAGCUGUUGCUUGCUAAUGCCAGAGGAGCCCUGAGCAAAAAAGCCCUGGGCUCUGCUCUCUUUGCAGCUGUUAGAAAGAACCUUGAUGGAGCAGUGAGGUCACUGAUAAACAGCGGAGCGGAUGUGAACGUGCGUGACAAUCACAGAUAUACGCCUCUCCUAUUGUCAACGGAGCUGGGACACAAAGAAGUCUUCAGUGUUCUCAUAGCGAAAAAUGCAAAACUGGAUGCUACCUUAUCCGACCUCUCCUCAGCAUUGCACUUGGCUGCCCACAGUGGUAGCAUACCCAUAGUGCAGACACUGCUGGAAAAAGGACUGGACCCAAACAUUAAGGGAGCUAAAGGCUAUACCCCUCUCCACCUAGCAGUUCAGUGUAACAGGCCUGACAUCAUUGGUCUGUUGCUAAAACAUGGAGCACAGGUAGAUGCAGUAGGCCAGGAUGGUCUGGCCCCUCUGCAUGUAGCCAGCUGGCAGGGUCACACAGACACGGUGAUCCAGCUUCUUCAGAACAAGGCAGAACCUGGAGUCAAAGACCGGCUGGGGAGGACAGCGCUGCACUGGGCAGCCUCUUCGCAGGGAAAUAGCUGCGUGGUGGAUUUGCUUCUGUCAGCCAAAGCCAACCCAAACAUUACUGAUAAUGAGAAAAUAACUCCCCUGCACUUGGCUGCAAUGGAGGGAAAUGUAGACGUGGUGAUGUCACUGUUGUCCUACAAGGCAAAAGCGGGAGCUAGAGACAUGGAUGGCUCCACGCCUUUGCAUUACGCAGCAGCUGGCGGGCAUGCAAGCAUGGUUUCAGCCCUUCUUCAGUCACUCACCAACAAGGGAACUGAAGACAGGAAUGUGUGGAGGAAAACACCACUUCAUGCUGCAGCUGAGAAGGGGCAUGCUAGUGCAGCUGUGCUGCUCCUGGAGGCUGGGGCAAAGAUAAAUGCUACAGAUCACUGCAAAGACACACCUCUGCACUGUGCUGCACGUGGUGGACACCACAAGGUUGUGAAAAUACUUGUAAGCUGGGGCCAAGCUGGGGAUAUGGGACAGAGGAAUAAAGCAAAUCUGCAGGCUAAAAAUAAUACGGGGAAGACACCAUUGCAGAUGGCAGAGAGUGAACACACAGCAGAACAUAAGACCAUUGCAACUUUACUCAAGAGAAAGAUGUUUCUUGUGAAGUAG